AUGCCUAAAAGAUCUUUGAAAAACAUUCUUAUAAACAAUCUAACUUCUCGAAGCCGCGACUCGUCUCAAGAACACUUUGAAGACAAUCGUCAUCAAACACAAACAGGUCAGGUUUCUCAAACUUCACACAGUGAAAACUCAUUCCAAGAAAGCCUUCAUGAAAAUAGUCAGGCAUCCGCUUGUCCUACACGUACUGCUAAACGUGCGGCACAACGUGUUGCUACUGAAAAUGACGAACAACGAGAGCGACGCCUGCAAGAUUCGCGGCGACGUGCAGCACAACGUAUAGUUACUGAAAAUGAAGAACAACGAGAAUACCGAUUAGAAGAGCAAAGACAUCGAGACAGAAGACGUCGUAAGUGGAUAAAAUACUCGUAUAACCAAAAUAAGAUUUUGGCUGAACAAUAUACGGGAGUAACCAGUUUCCUUAAUCAACUUGCCGAAAAGAAAAAUGCCACAGUUUGUGAGAAGAUUAUUUUACCCUCCUAUUUUCCUGGUUCGACGAGGUAUUACACGGAAAUUUUAGAAGAUGCCAUGGCUAUUGUUCUACGGUUUGGAUCACCUAAUUUCUUUAUCACCAUGACAUCGUAUCCUAACCGGCCAGAAAUAAAGCAGGCACUGCAAAUACAUUUAGAAGAUAAAACAAUUUUGCAACAGCUUCCAAAAGAUCGUCCUGAUAUCGUGGCUCGAGUCGCUAAGUUUAAAUUUGACCAAAUAAUAAAAGAUUUAGAUAAAAAACAAGUCUUUGGAAAGGUAUCGGCUUUUGUAUACAGCAUAAAAUUUCAGAAACGUGGAUUACCACACAUGCACCUGCUUAUAAUUAUGACACCCGGUGACAAGAUUCAUCAAGUAGAAAAGCUUGAUGACUUGAUUUCAUCCGAAAUACCCCAAAAUGAUGACUAA